CACUACACAGAUGUCAAUAUCAAAAUCGAAUAUUUAUAUAAACAAAAAUGCUAAAACAUAUAUUCAUGCUUUGCCUUUUGAUCGUUCUUGGAAACGAUAUGCCAAUAAACAAAACCGUCGUUUUACAUAGUGGCUUUGGGGCCCUUAAGUUUAUUAUACAAUUUCGCACUAUUUGCAAAAACAAAAGCAACAUAACUACCGAGGCGACCAACACUGACCAGAUCACAACCUCAACUACUCCUUAUUCUAUAUAUAAUACUCCUCUAUGGAGUACAAUUUCGGAAGAACCGUUCAAUAUUUAUGAUGAGCCAAAACCCGAAAGUGGCUCAUUGAUUCUAGAUAAUAAGAGCACGACUGGUCUUCUAUAUUUAACAACACCCAGUCCAAUUACCGAAAGAGACAGGGCAACAUCAAUUACUACUGCGGAAUCACCCGUAACGCUCAAACUAAUAACCACAAAAAGUCAACAAUCGUCAUUAACAAUUGAAAAAGGCACAACAGUCGACGAAUCCUAUAGCUCUUCAGAUGGUAUAAUAUUCCCAUCAACUGAAGAAAGCACAAGAGCCGACGAAGCUUCCGGCACUUCAGAUGCUACAACAUCCCUAUCAACUGAAGGAAGCACAACAGUCGACGGAGCUUCCAGCACUUCAGAUGUUACAACACCGUCAUCAUCAACUGAAGAGAGCACAACAGUCGACGAAGCUUCCAGCACUUCAGAUGUUACAACACUAUCAUCAUCAACUGAAGAGAGCAACCCAGUCGACGAAUCUUCUAGCACUUCAGAUGUUACAACACCAUCAUCAUCAACUGAAGAGAGCGCAACAGUCGACGAAUCUUCUAGCACUUCAGCUGUUACAACGCCGUCAUCAGCAACUGAAGAAACCACAACAGUCGACGAAGCUUCCAGCACUUCAGACGCUACAACAUCCCUAUCUAUUGAAGGAAGCACAACAGCCGACGGAACUUCCAGCACUUCAGAUGCUACAACAUCCCCUUCUACUGAAGAGAGCACAACAGUCGACGAAUCUUCUAGCACUUUAGAUGUUACAACACCAUCAUCAUCAACUGAAGAGAGCACAACAGUCGACGAAUCUUCUAGCACUUCAGCUGUUACAACACCGUCAUCAGCAACUGAAGAGAGCACAACAGUCGACGAAUCUUCUAGCACUUCAGACGCUAGAACAUUCCUAUCUACUGAAGGAAGCACAACAGUCGACGGAUCUUCCAGCAUUUCAGAUGCUACAACAUCCCUUUCUACUGAAGAGAGCACAACAGUCGACGAAUCUUCUAGCACUUCAGCUGUUACAACACCGUCAUCAUCAACUGAAGAGAACACAACAGUCGACAAAUCUUCUAGCACUUCAGCUGUUACAACACCAUCAUCAUCAACUGAAGAGAGCACAACAGUCGACGAAGCUUCCAGCACUUCAGACGCUACAACAUCCCUAUCUACUGAAGGAAGCACAAUAUUUGACAGAUCUUCCAGCACUUCAGAUGCUACAACACCGUCAUCAUCAACUGAAGAGAGCACAACAGUCGACGAAUCUUCUAGCACUUCAGAUGUUACAACACCAUCAUCAUCAACCGAAGAGAGCACAACAGUCGACGAAUCUUCCAGCACUUCAGAUGUUACAACACCAUCAUCAUCAACUGAAGAGAGCACAACAGUCGAUGAAUCUUCUAGCACUUCAGCUGUUACAAUACCGUCAUCAUCAACCGAAGAGAGCACAACAGUCGACGAAUCUUCUAGCACUUCAGACGCUACAACACCGUCAUCAUCAACUGAAGAGAGCACAACAGUCGACGAAUCUUCCAGCACUUCAGAUGUUACAACACCAUCAUCAUCAACUGAAGAGAGCACAACAGCCGACGGAACUUCCAGCACUUCAGAUGCUACAACAUCCCCUUCUACUGAAGAGAGCACAACAGUCGACGAAUCUUCUAGCACUUCAGAUGCUACAACACCGUCAUCAUCAACUGAAGAGAGCACAACAGUCGAUGAAUCUUCUAGCACUUCAGCUGUUACAAUACCGUCAUCAUCAACCGAAGAGAGCACAACAGUCGACGAAUCUUCUAGCACUUCAGAUGCUACAACAUCCCUAUCUACUGAAGGAAGCACAACAGUCGACGGAUCUUCCAGCACUUCAGAUGCUACAACAUCCCUUUCUACUGAAGAGAGCACAACAGUCGACGAAUCUUCUAGCACUUCAGAUGUUACAACACCAUCAUCAUCAACUGAAGAGAGCACAACAGUUGACGAAGCUUCCAGCACUUCAGACGCUACAACAUCCCCUUCUACUGAAGAGAGCACAACAGUCGACGAAUCUUCUAGCACUUCAGAUGCUACAACAUCCCUUUCUACUGAAGAGAGCACAACAGUCGACGAAUCUUCUAGCACUUCAGAAGUUACAACACCAUCAUCAUCAACUGAAGAGAGCACAGCAGUCGACGAAUCUUCUAGCACUUCAGCUGUUACAACACCGUCAUCAUCAACUGAAGAGAGCACAACAGUCGACGAAUCUUCUAGCACUUCACACGCUAGAACAUUCCCAUCUACUGAAGGAAGCACAACAGUCGACGGAUCUUCCAGCACUUCAGAUGCUACAACAUCCCUUUCUACUGAAGAGAGCACAACAGUCGACGAAUCUUCUAGCACUUCAGAUGUUACAACACCGUCAUCAUCAACUGAAGAGACCACAACAGUCGACGAAGCUUCCAGCACUUCAGACGCUACAACAUCCCUAUCUACUGAAGAAAGCACAACAGUCGACGGAUCUUCCAGCACUUCAGAUGCUACAACAUCCCUUUCUACUGAAGAGAGCACAACAGUCGACGAAUCUUCAAGCACUUCAGAUGGUACAACACCGUCAUCAUCAACUGAAGAGAGCACAACAGUCGACGAAUCUUCUAGCACUUCAGCUGUUACAACACCGUCAUCAUCAACUGAAGAGACCACAACAGUCGACGAAUCUUCUAGCUCGACGGAUCUUCCAGCACUUCAGAUGCUACAACAUCCCUUUCUACUGAAGAGAGCACAACAGUCGACGGAUCUUCCAGCACUUCAGAUGCUACAACAUCCCUUUCUACAGAAGAGAGCACAAAUGUCGACGAAUCUUCUAGCACUUUAG